AUGGUGUUGCCCAAGAGUGUCAUGGAAGCACCCACAGCCAUCUUCUCUAAGAACGCCUUCCCUCGCAGUGUGGAGCAGCACUACCACCCUGGGUAUGGCGUCCUGGCUGCCCGACUACGAGCGCGCCACCUGCGCUUGGUACAUCCCCCGUCCACAGACGAGCUCAAGGACACCAGGGCGAGGCUGAGGAGAGAGAAUCGCACGCAGGCAGCCCUGAGAGACAUCUCCUUGCACAUCCUCACACUGCUUCUGUUUUCGUUUAUAAUAUAUGGGACAUACCCCCGAGAAGAGUAUUCUCUCAAUCAGGCUAUCAGGAAGGAAUUUACAAGAAAUGGCAGAAACCCUCUGGGUGCCGUGAGAAGUGUCGAGGAGUGGUGGGACUGGAGUCUGACCACACUGCUGGACGGCCUGUACCCUGGGGGCACCUUGGCUGCCCAGGAGCCGCGGGCUCAGGCUGGAGCUCUGGGAGGAAAAUGCUACCAAAUAGGUAGUUUAGUGAUUGAGCAGCUGAAAGUCUCUCCUAGCAGUGAAUGUAAGCCUCCCAGGAUGUCUUCAGGACUCACUGGAGAUGCUCUUCCUGCAUGCAGCUCCAAAGUUGGAGACUUCGAGCACUCUUAUGAGAUAUUCCCAGAGAAUCAAAAUGUGACUCUGUGUGGACCUGAGGGCUGUGGGGUGAGGGCGAACUGCGUGCGGAGCCUGGGCAGAACAAGGCGUGAGGCCCACGCUGCUCUGAGCAGCCUCAGGACGCGCAGGUGGAUCAACCACAGCACCCGGGCCGUGUCUGUGCACUUCACCCUCUACAACCCUCCCACUCGCCUCUUCACAAGGCUGACCCUGAGUGUGGAGAUACUCCCCACGGGCAGCCUCGUCCCCUCGUCCCUGGUGGAGUCAUUCAGCAUCUUUCACAGCAACACCCCCCUGCGCUACUACCUGAUACUUUCCCAGCUGGCCUUCCUGGUGCUCAACCUGGCCCACCUCUGGUUUCAACUCUACAACCUGAUUGAGAAAGGAGGCCUCAACUACUGGCGAAAACCAAGAAACUGGCUGGAGCUCUCUGUGGCAGGAGUGGGCCUCACCUACCAUGCAGCCUGUGGCCACCUUGCUACUCUGGCCGGGGGCAUCGCUGACCAGUUCCGCCAAGGGCUUUGCCAAGCGUCUUUGGACCUCAGCCUGGUGGCAACAUGGAAUCAGGACCCUAAAUUGUGUAAGGAAGCAGGUGUUAAUGCAGCAUGA